GGAGAGUUUCCGUAGUCGGGUAGUGACGGACACGGACUGUUCCAUAUGGCUAACUGGCUAAGUUAGCACUUUCGAUUUCGAGGGAGACGUCAGCGUGCCCUUUUCUCUCUGCGGAAGUUUUAAACUACUCGUCACCGUAAAUGAAGCCAGAGCACACGGAUGUGAUUCUGCGGGCGUGCGGCGCCACUUCCCUCCGCGUGGGCGCCAAGCUCAAGACCCUAUGGAGCGGCUACGGCGAUCUCGUCCGCCUGCACCUGGAGGGCUGCGAUCGUCCCUCGGUGGUGGUCAAGCACAUCAAGUUCCCCCAGCACGCCGCCGCUGAUGCCGCCACCCAUCGCUCCCACAUGAGGAAGGUGAGAUCCUACGAGGUGGAGACCUACUGGUACCAGAACUACGCCACCAAUCCCAAGUGCAAGAUACCAGCAUGUAUGGCCGCUUAUUCCCAUGGCGACGAGAUGCUUAUCGUGCUGGAGGAUCUGAACGUGGCCGGUUACGACCAAAUUAGGACCAGCGUGAAUGAUGUCGAAAUACGAGCCUGCUUGAGCUGGCUGGCCCACUUCCACGCUCACUUCCUGGGUGUGGCGCCACAAGGCCUCUGGCCGAUGGGCACUUACUGGCACCUGGAGACGCGCCCGGACGAGUUGGAGGCCAUGAAGGACGCCAGGUUGAAAGCGGCGGCCGGCGCCGUGGAUGCGGCGCUCAACGGCUGCUGCUUUCUCACCGUCGUGCACGGCGACGCCAAGUUAGCCAACUUCUGUUUCUCCAGUGACGGACGGGAUGUGGCGGCCGUGGACUUUCAGUACGUGGGCGGCGGCUGCGGGAUGAAAGACGUGGCAUACUUCUUGGGAAGCUGCAUGGACGAGAGGGAGUGCGAAAAAAAGGUGCCCAAGCUACUUGACUAUUACUUCGCAGAGUUAAAACCAGCGGUUAAAGCCGGGACGGACUUUGCGGCGCUAGAAAAAGAGUGGAGGGAGAUGUUCGCCUUUGCGUGGACAGAUUUUCGCCGCUUUCUGCUGGGGUGGAUGCCAGGACAUCGGAAGAUCGACCGCUACAAUGAGAAAUUGGCUAACGAGGUACUGGACAAGCUAAAACUUUGAACGCAAAAUCUAUACAUAUAGAUUGGAACAUUCUUUGAAUCAUUUCCUCCCAACAACACAUAACAUAACACAGCAGUACCUCAAAAUACAAAAUUAACUCAUUCGAGAGUGGCUUUCGUAUCAAAGAUAAAAUCGAGCUUCAGUAGCCAUUGCUUGCUAGCUAUUUCAUCUCGCUGUUUAUGCCUUGUAAGUUAUGUUCUUCUUUUGUCAAACGUAGUUGUGGUGACUAGAACUCCAUUACGCAGCAUACAAUGGGAUCAUGGCUCACGUUUUACAUGUAAUUAAUUUGUUCCAAGCUCGACUAAAAAAAAACAUUCAACUUGCUUUCAUGUCCUCUGAUUGCCUGUAAUUAUUUGUAGUGCAUUGUCGCCCUCUAGCGGCGCUUAAAUGUUUGUCAUUCUACAGAUGUUAUUAAUAAGGCUACACGAGCUCCCAGCAAACACGGAUUGCUAAAAGAUGAGCUAACUUUGGCAGCCAUUGCUUGCUAGCUAUUUCAUCUUGUUGUUUUUUUUUUGAAAAUGUAUAUACAUGAGCAUUGUGUUGCGCACUGUUGUGUAUAUUUAGUUUUAUAGUCAAACGUAGCGAAUGAUCUAUUAUAGUACGCAUUAUCUUUCGUGUGAUGAAUGAUUUUUCGAAAGAAAAAAAAUUCUUGGACCAAAAUGUUUUCCUCUUCAUUGUGCAUUAUUUGGCUGGUGUGACUUACAAACCGAAUAUAAAAUUAAUUUAAAAUUAUAUAUAAUAUAUUAGAGCUGUCCCGACUAGUCGACGUCAUCGAUGACGUAAAUGCGUCGACGGGCAAAACAUACCGUCGACGGGUAAUGACGGGUUAAAAAAAAUUACAUACGGAUAAAGUUUAGAAUGGCAGGCGCUCGCGAUACAAGCGGUUGUUACUGGCACCCCCAAGGGGGCCGCUGUUAUUGCAAUGUGACCGGCGUUGUCAGAUUGAGCAAAGAGGAAGAAAGUGGGCGAGAGAGAGGGAGCGAUAUCGGCGAGUUGGAAAAGUGCGCGGGUAGCGCCGAGUUGAGGCUUCAUCCCCCACGUUUUUGUUUUGGUCAAUAAGAGUAUCCUUAAAGAGCCAUCUGACGCCUCUCGGUGUUUUUAUGCACGCCGCCGCCUUCACGAGGAGGAAAUCGGACGAACCCAGACGAACCGACGACAACGAGCCAAGUGAAUCGCCGGUGAGGAGUUGAAAACACCGCCAAUUUCCAAAAAGGGCAGAGAUGGUAACACGUGAAAGCGGCAUAAAGCCAAAAAAGCGGACCAGAAUAGCCAGAGCCUGGAAUUAUAUCAAGGAAAAUAUGGAGGGUGCCACUGUGUGUACUCUUUGCUGAGCUGAGCUCGCAUACCACGGUAGCACAUCGUCUAUAAACGAACACUUGAAGCACCGUCACCCAAGUAUAAUUUUCGAAGACAACAAGAAACAACAAGCUAGCGGAUUGUAAGUCCAUACACUCUAACGAUUUUUUAGAUGCAACGCGCAUUUUUAUAUAAAUCCCCUGGGUGUUAUUUGUCCAUUUUUUGGCUUUUUUCGUUUUUUUCUGUGUUUGAAAGGGAAAAAAGCAUUUGAAAAAAUACACUAGGGAGCUGAUAUUUCCUGCAGGAUACUAAAUCAUGUAGAAGUUCGAAAUGGCACCAUCCGGCAAUUUCUAACUUAUUGCAAACAGGCUGGGAAGAUUUGCACUAAACUCUUGUUAUUUUGCCAUUUUUUGGCUCAUUGACUCCCAUUAUAAAUCAUGAUUUUGAAUAUGCUGUAAACCUGAUGUUUUAUAAUGCAUUUUCCGUGAUUAUUGAUGCAAUCGCUUCUUUGGCGAGUCAAAAACAUGCAGAUAAAAAAAUUUUUGUGUUGACACCCAGAAGUCACUAGAUGGAGCCAUAGGCCAAUACAUGAAUUUGCUUACGAAGCUAGCUUCAGAUCGGCCAAAAAUUAAUGCAAUAAAGACGGUUGGCUUUACAAAAAAAUUGGUGUCAAUGUUGUCUGAGCUCACUUUCAGUCUAUUUGGGCAUGCAUAUUUGCAAUUUUGCACGUUUGCACAAGACAAUAAAAAGGUACUUCCCGGAAAUGCAAAAAAACCAAAACAAAAAAACACGUGUUUAUUGUCGUUUGAAUUUCAACUCUUAUUGGUUGGGUGUUUGAAUUUCUUUACUCUCAUUGGUUCUGGGCAUUUUGGGAGUCUCUGUUCUCGCGAGGAUCACCAUUUUGCAUUUCUUCCAACACAACUGUGAUCGAUGGCGGCGAGAAGUAUUUCACCGCAGGACACGAUUCGAAUGGUGUUAGAAAAUCCUGAUUCCGACGACGACGACCUUUGUUCGGACGCUUCUUUGGAGAGCCCAGAAGACAUUGAACAAAUUCUUCCGGACUUUCGAUGCCGGAGGAGGACGGCUUUGAUGACGAGGAUUAGGAAAUGGUUGACAACAUAAUGACGGAGAUGAAAGCGGGGAGCAGAAGGCGGUGGCACGGACUUUACCACGUUGAGGCGUAUGACAAAAAUGACGGCGAUCGAGGCGAUGACGAAAGCCUGUGCCACAUACUCCUGCCGCCGGCGCGCACUCAGGUGGCCAAUGUGUGAGUUUUUUCACAUGCCGGACAUUUCGUCCUGCAGCGCAUUUGUGCUGUUCACGGAGAUCUACCCUGAGUGGAACGUGAAGAAAAGCUACAAGCGCCGAAUAUUUCUUGAGGAACUUGGCAAGGCUCUAAUUCGGCCAGAAGUCCUAAAACGGGAACCACCGCCUUCUGCCGAAGGCUUGGUUGAGCAGCGAGCUGGACCCCCGUCCAAGCGCAAACAAUGUGGCCUUUGCACAAAGCCACUUCGGGCUUCGAACAUAAUAAUAAAUAAUAAUACAUUUUAUUUAUAACGCACUUUACAUUUGAACAACAAAUCUCAAAGUGCACAUCAUGAAUUGUGUAUAUUGUUAUUAUGUUAACUGUUAUGUUGUAUGUAUGUUUUGUAAAAUUGUUAACAUAAAUUCUAUCAUCAAAUCAGUUAUUGUCACGUUGUCACAGUCUUGUUCUAAAAAAAAAAAAUCUAUUGUUACGACUUUUACUUAUCCAAUGAUGUAAUUAUGUAAUAUAAAAUAUUUCAGUUUGAUUUAUAUAUAGCCUAUAUAGCAUAGUUUUACUAUUAGGAUAAUGCUGCUAUUAUUGUCCAUAGGGGGCCAACACAAAAAACAAAAAAACUAUGUUUAGAUAGGUCUGAUGCCACUGAACAUUGUGAGUGGUUGAAAGUGAAAAAAUAUUCAGAAAUGACUUAGUUAUCACACUUCAAAGGAAAAGCCAUUUUUUGGACAAAAUCACAAGAGUUGAAUGUAAAUGAGAAAACUGCAAUUGUGUAAAAAGUGGGUGUGCAUAAAAAAAUUGGUUGUUACGACUUGUGGACUUAUUCAAGCCUCUAACUAUGUCAUAUGGAAUAUUCAAAUUAGACUUUUGUUUUUUAUAUAUAUAUAUAUAUAUAGCAUAGUUAGUUUUGCUAUUAGGAUAAUGCUGCUAUUAUUGUCCAUAGGGGGCAUUAAAAAAAUUAAAAAAAAAAUAAAAAACUAUAUAUGUGUAGAUAGGUCUGAUGCCACUGAACAUUUUGAGUGGUUGAAAGUGAAAAAAUAUGCAGAAAUGACUUAGUUAUCACACUUCAAAGGAAAAGCCAUUUUUUGGACAAAAUCACAAGAGUUUAGUGUAAAUGAGAAAACUGCAAAUGUGUAAAAACUGGGCAUGCAUAAAAAAAUCGGUUGUUAUGACUUAUUCAAGCCUCUAACUAUGUGAUAUGGAAUAUUCAAAUUAGACUUUUGCUUUUUAUAUAUAUACAGCAUAGUUAGUUUUGCUAUUCGGAUAAUGCUGCUAUUAUUGUCCAUAGGGGGCAUUGAAAAAAAAAAAAUAAUAAAAAACUAUAUAUGUGUAGAUAGGUCUGAUGCCACUGAACAUUUUGAGUGGUUGAAAGUGAAAAAAUAUGCAGAAAUGACUUAGUUAUCACACUUCAAAGGAAAAGCCAUUUUUUGGACAAAAUCACAAGAGUUUCGUGUAAAUGAGAAAACUGCAAAUGUGUAAAAACUGGGCAUGCAUAAAAAAAUCGGUUGUUAUGACUUAACGACUUAUUCAAGCCUCUAACUAUGUGAUAUGGAAUAUUCAAAUUAGACUUUUGUUUUUUAUAUAUAUACAGCAUAGUUAGUUUUGCUAUUCGGAUAAUGCUGCUAUUAUUGUCCAUAGGGGGCAUUGAAAAUUAAAAAAAAAAAAAUAAAAAACCUUAUAUGUGUAGAUAGGUCUGAUGCCACUGAACAUUUUGAGUGGUUGAAAGUGAAAAAAUAUUCAGAAAUGACUUAGUUAUCACACUUCAAAGGAAAAGCCAUUUUUUGGACAAAAUCACAAGAAUUUAGUCAAAAUAAAAUAACACCCAAGGGAAAUAAUAAUAUAUUUUUUUAAUUAUUAUUAAAUUUACUAGGAUCAUGGAAGCUCCCACUUAGGGAAAAUAUAUACAUAUUUGAAAAUAUAUAUAUAUAUGGAAACACCACUGGCCUGCUUACUGUAAUCCAUAACUGCACUAAUGUUAGUUAUUUAAUAUUACCAAGUUUUACAUAUAGUAGUUUACCGUAAAAUUAAUACUAUAUACUUGAUUUUUGUUACUGUGGGUAUGUGUGCCUUUCAUUCAAAAUAAUUGUGGUAAUAUUUCAGUGUGCACUCUGCUUUAUCUUCAGGUUAAAACAAAAGUUGAACAGUUUUUCCCCUCCCAGAAAAAUGCGGAAUGCACACCGGAAAGAGCAUCUGAACUCACACAAAGUAUUCUGAAAAUGAUUGUCCAUGACAUUGCAAUUCAUUUGAACAUUUAAAACAAUAUAGACAAUGACAUACCGCAAAAAGAGUAAGAAUUGUUUUUGACUCCUGUUAAAAAGGUGAAGUCACAGUGUUUCCGUUUACAUUUUUUUGCACCAGUUAAUGCCAGCAGCAUUUGACCUCAUUGUUUGUGAUUUAUUAUUGAUAUUUGUUAUUUAUUUAUACGUUAAUAAAGAAUUUAGGUGUUCCGAAAUGUUUUUUGUGAAUUAAUAAGCUUUAACAAAAAUUUCAUGAUAGUUUUUUUUUUUUUUUUUACUAAUUUAAUAAGAUUAGUCGACUAAUCGAAAAAUAGUCGGCUGACUAAUCGUGAGGAAAUUAGUCAUUUGGGACAGCCCUAUAAUAUAUAUAUAUAUUUGCAUUUUAAAUACUUUUUUUGUAAUUAAAGGAAAUGUUUUUUUUUGAAAAUACAAAAAAUUAAAACGUAUUCUCAAA